AUGGCGUGCUUCCACCUUGAAUACGGCAAUGUGCAACCCUAUGAAUUCAUUCUUCCACCAAGUUGGAAACAGACAAGAGUUGCCAACAUACUUUCAGGAAAUUAUUGCCAACCCAAAUGUGCUGAACCAUGGGUGGAAGUGAAAUUUGAAGAUGAAAAGCAAGGCAAAGUUCAGGUGGUCGCUUCGCCUUUAAUACGCCUAACAAACAAACCUAAUGCAACUAUUGAUGAUAUUGGAAGCCCUGAGAAGGUGAUUGCUUCUCUUGGCCCAUUUGUGACGGGUAAUACAUAUGACUCUGAUGAACUCAUUGAAACGUCAAUUGAGAAGCAUGGCAAUCAAACGUACUACUCCUAUGUGCUUGAAACCCCAUAUGCUGCCACGGGUUCGCAUAACCUAGCAAAAGCCACAGCUAAAGGAAACACGGUAGUCUUGUUUGUAGCAAGCGCAAAUGAUAAGCAGUGGCCAACUUCUCAGGCUACUCUGAAGGCCAUGGUUGAUUCUUUCCAAAUAUAAGAUGCAUGCUGAGGAACACCACACAUGGGCUGGCCUGGAGCUUCUGAUCUUAGUUUAAUCGGCAGAAUUUUUAAUUAGAGAUGAUGUUUCCUGUGCAGAAGGUAUCGGGUUAAUUGGAAUGGUUUAUUUAGGUUAGAAUAGAUUAAUUUACAGUUGACCAUGAUGCAUGUUAUUACUAAAAUAUUUGUUUUGAGAAGAUUUUGCCAUAUGAUUAAUUAAAAAAAAUAGGGGCAU